AUGAAUAGUGAGAAUUACGGAAUAAAGAGAAACAUAUAAAGCAACUUAAGAAUAAGAGUACUAAGCAGGAAGAGAUAGCAUUCCUGCAAAGUGCAAGGAUUACCAGAAAUAAAAGGCAAAUCUACUUUCUACCAAAAUAAAAAAGACAUCAAGCCAUAAUUUAAUUCACUACUAGCUGAACCAUUUUAAAAUGCUGCGACAGUUUCAUCAAUCAAUGCACAAAAGAAAUAGAUUAGUAGAAGAGAUGAUCAUAUUUAAGAUAGAAUACUGGAUAUAUAUGAGUAUAGGGAAAAAGUUGAAAAGUAAUAUAGUUAAAAUGGUUCAAUAGAUUCAUAAUAAAAAGAAGCUUUAAAGAUUGGAGAGCUCCUCCGUCUUAAAAUGCAAACAAAUUAUCUCAGUUAAAAAAAUAAUAAGACUCUAAGAAAAAAUUAGAUUUAGAGCGGAUGUUAAAGUUCUGUUUCUUCAAUUUUUUCUAAAAGAACUAGCAAUUCAAGUUUAAUCUCUGCAUAGUUACAAGUGUAACAAGCGGCAUAAUCUUGGGAUGGUAAACUGAAUUAUAAAAUUAAUACAAAAUAGCAAGAGUCUAAGAAAGAAAUAAUUUACUCGGAUGGAAGCUAGCAAGGAGAUAUUGAAGAUAAUUAUUAUGGAUAUCAUGGAUUAAGUAUGGCUAACAGAAUUAAAAUGGUUGAUUGGAUGCUACAAGUCUUAAGGGUAUUAUAAUCCAAAUCUCUCAAAACUCUAAUUCAGGCAGUGAAUAUGAUGGAUAAAUAUUAUAAAGUUAAAGCAGAAUAAGGAGAGAUGCAGCCAAUUUAUGAGUUUCAUUUAAUUGGCUUGGUCUGUCUGUUUAUUAGUUCUAAAUUCGAAGAGGUAAAGAACAUCACUCUGAAAGAAAUUGUGAAUGAUGCAGGACACAAGAAAUACAGCAAAUUCUAAAUUCUAGAAAAGGAAUAAGAUGUACUAAUGACAUUAUAAUUUAGAAUAAUAAUAAUGGAUGAUCUAUUUGAAGAGUCAAAUAGGAUCUUAGAGUAAUGUUUCGAUCAUUCUAAAAUAUAUUCCAAGAGUAAUGAGGAGUAAAAUAAAUUAAGGGAUACCGUUAAUUUCCUUUCCUAGCUUGUUCCUCACUGUUUAGACUUAUUUCAUUAGGAUAUAAAAAGCCUAAGUAUGAUGAUGGUUUACAUUGCAGUUAAGCUAAGAAAAUAUACAAUAACUUAGUUCAUUUAUGAAAAUAUACAUGGAGGCAAUCUCAUUGUUACAGAUACGAUUAAGAUAAGAAGCUUGAAAAUGGCUGAAGAUUUUUAUAAAUUCGUAAAGAAUGAAAUGUUUUUAAUGAAAUCAUCAAUAGCUGAGGGCUCUAAAACCAUUUAUUUAAAAUAGUUUGCUGAUUUAUACGAGUAGAUAGCUUAUGGUUAACCUGCUAGAAAAAAUCUUAGAAAAAAUUAGGCAGCCUACUUCAAUGAUAUCACAUAAGAAUUCUUCUAGCACAUCUCAAAUAAAUAUUCAGAUUGA